CCGCCUCCACGUCCCUUACCCCCUGUCCCCCUACCCUGCCCCCUCAAAGUUUGCACCCUACUCGCCAACUCUUUACGCCCUGAGCGAUUUGAUUGGCUCAUGGCUUUCUCCCCCGAUGGUGAAACCCUGUCCCUGCCCCCGCCCUUGGAAGUUAGAAAAUCCAAUGAGGAAACCCUGAAGAAAUCUACUUCCGGGUCAACGUCGUCAUCUGGGUCAACGUCAGGGUCGGGUUCAAAAGUGAUGACCUUCAAAGAACUGCGUAACCGUAGCAAACACAGCUCCCCGGCCUACCAACUAAUAACUGAACCGGAUCCUGAUCCCACAGUCAUAACCCCUGACCCUGACUUCCUCUACAACCUCAAGUGGAGGAGGGAAAAGACGGACAGCGACGGAAUCCAAUGGGAGUACACCUCCCAGGCCCAGGCCACCUUCCUGCAACCACCUCCCCUCACCUCAUUGGCUGCUUUUAGGGAAAUGUUCCAGAAAGCAGAGGAUGUGAUUGGACAACCCAAGUUAUGUCCCUCGCAGCGGAUUGGGUGCUCAGCCAGUGAAGGGAACCUGUGGAGGAUGGAUGAACAGAGAAAAGAGGAGGGAGAAAAGAGGAAAGAAGAGGUGGAGGUGAGAGGAACAGCUGAUGGAGGAAGAACCUGGGAGUCAAGAACGACAGCGGUUCGUAGCGUCUCAUUUGCCAGCUCUGUACAGAGAGGUGGGACUUCCUGGAUGGGCGAUGACGUGAAGGCCCCUCUGAGAGGCCUAGGACUGUCCUCUCUGUGCCUGCUGGAAAAAAGAGCUCUGGUCAGUGCAGUCAGUGUGGCAGUGGAGGCCAUUUUGGCUCAGUUCAGCUCCUCACGGACCCUGGUGCAGAAGUCUGCCUCCAUUAACAAGGCUCUAUCAGGAGACAGCAGUGUGAAUCCGUCUCUGGGCCGGCUGGUGCUGCAGUGUUUGUGCCCCGCCCUGCGGAGCCUGCUCUCCGAUGGCCUCAAGCCCCACCAGAGUGAUUUGAUCUUGGGCAGGAGGCCAAACUCAGCCUGGGGACUGGUCCAGGCCUCCACCAGGCCAGGUAGGAACUCUGGAGCGCAGUACAGAGGGCCCAGCACUCAGUCCCUGUACAGCCUCCAGGCUAGAAUAGGAGAGCUGCCCCAGCUCCGGCAGAACAAACACAGGUUCAACGCCUUCCUCCUCGGCCUCCUCAACAUCAAGCUUAUGGAUUUCUGGCUGUCCCAUCUCCAGUCAUGUAGUGAUGUGUUGGUGACGUUCUACCGGCCCUCCUCCUUCAUGCGUUUGUCAUUGACUUCCUGCCAGCCUCUGUUUGAGGAGCUCCUCCUCCUGCUGCAGCCCCUCAGUCUCCUGACCCUUAACCUCGACCUGCUCUUCCAGCACCACCACCUGGAUCCAGCCAAUCACAGCCCAGAGAUCCCCAGCCCACCCAAUCAGGACCUGGGAUUCAGGCUCUCGCCCCGGGGGUCUGCUUCCCAAAGCAGGGGCAGCAGCUAUCUCGAGAGCCUAUCAGAGCUGGACUUUGGGAGAGCAGAACCCGAGGCGACCAAUCAUAAUGUGAGCUCGUCAUCCCUGGCCAACUCAGGGGUGGGAGGGUUGGUGGAGUCACUGAAGCCAGCGAGUCUCAGUGUGGGGCCUGCAAAGGUCUCUGGGGGUCUUGCGGAGACAAGUCCUCAGCUGAUGUGGGUUCAGGAGAAAGAAAUUAGGGAGCUAGCACCUCCUAAUGUUGAGGAGGCCAGUCUCUCACAACAGGCAGGACAGGUGAUCCAGCAGGGAUGGGGGGCUGUGGUACGCUGGGGGGGCAAGCUGGGCCAGAACCUGGCUGAACUCAGCCUGUCUGCAGUACAAAACCAGGAGGGGACAUCCAGAGACCCCCCAGAGCCCCAGACCAGUACCCAGGCCAGGAGUGACCCUCCUCAGGUCGAUGGAGCAUUGGCGGUCCCCUGGGGUUUGGGACGGCUGUUUGGAGCCUCCAAUAACCCCACGAUACCCACACUUCCAACCAGACGUCCGUCUCAGUGGUUGUCUCCAGGGGUGUCUGUUCUGACCCGGAUGGUGAGCAGCAGUUCCAGCGCUAACCAGAGGAGGGCGGUGGAGCCCCAGCAGGUAGAAGAGGUGUUAGAGAGAGAGAUGGAGGAGACAUGGGACAACCCAAGACCCCUCAGGUCAGUCAGAACACUAUGCGACCACUCUGGAACAGGGGCGGAGCUAAGCUUCCAGAAAGGGGAGGAGUUAGUUGUUUUAGGGGGUGUCGAUCACGACUGGAUUCGCUGUCGUCAGGGAGACCGAGAGGGGCUCGUACCUAUUGGCUACGCCUCACUGAUCCUGUGAUUUCAGACACCUGAUCAGAGUCUUGAUUGUUUGAAUAUAUCUGUGGGAGGGAAAAUGAAGUCAUAAAGCUAUAAUGUAUUUAGGCAACCAUAGAGAGGCUGUGGUGAAGUCCCAAUGCUCUCAGAGAAAUAGUUCACUCCCGAAUCUAAGUUCAAAUCACAUGUUUAUAUCUCUAAAGUGGUCCAAAGUCGUAUGUCAGGGUUCCCCAACUGGCGGCCCAUGAUUUUAUAAGGGUUUGGGUUACUUGUUGGACAUAAAAUACUAGUAUCAGUAAAUGUUGAAAAUCUGUUCCAAGGUAUUCCCACACAGAGAGAUGUGAUUGUUUACAAAUCUAAGCAAGGUUUGAAAUUAUUAUAUUUUAGCCAAAUGUUAUAUCUGUUUGGGCUUCUUGCGGUCAAUUUGCAGUCUACAAAUUAUUUGUGAUUAUGUUCCAGCCCCCUGACCAUCCAUGGCUGAAUCUAGUUGAUGAUCUCUGGUCUAAGUGAUUUAGAUGAGUCCUUCCUCCACACCAUCUGUGGUGUAGAUCCCACUAUAUGCACUGGUAGAAAUCUGCAAAACUCAAUCCCUAAAGAACUGUAUCAUCUAAUGCCAUCUAAUUAGGGGGAUUUAAGGAAGAUUUCAUUUAGUUUACCAGAUGGUGUGGAAUAUGGACCCAGCACGACUUCAGACCACUUUUGAAGUGUGAACUUCAGACAAACACUUAUCUUGGUGUGGACUAUCCCUUUAAAUGUCCUCCAUUCAUCAUCUCUCUUUGGUGACCACUGAUCUGAGAAGGACUGGAUAAAGCUUUGUAGAAUUCUAUUCAUAGGUUGCACCUCCGUUUACGUCAUACCAAGCCGUCAUCGGCGGUGCCCUAAAGUGGUGAUAAGCCCCGUCACGUCAUACCAAGCCGCCACCGGCGGUGCCCUAAAGUGGUGAUAAGCCCCGUCACGUCAUACCAAGCCGCCACCGGCGGUGCCCUAAAGUGGUGAUAAGCCCCGUCACGUCAUAUCAAGCCACCACCGGCGGUGCCCUAAAGUGGUGAUAAGCCCCGUCACGUCAUACCAAGCCGCCACCGGCGGUGCCCUAAAGUGGUGAUAAGCCCCGUCACGUCAUACCAAGCCGUCAUCGGCGGUGCCCUAAAGUGGUGAUAAGCCCCG